AUGGAUGGGGUGGUUGGAGGUGUGGGUGCCCCUGGCAGCGCGGGGGGGUCUGGGGGUGACACCCUGCCCAGGCGCAGCGGGGGGGACUCGAAGCGGCGCAGUAAGGGCAGCCUGCCCUCCCCGGGGUACCGGCUGUCCCAGGCCUCGCUGGAGGGGGACAGGGGCUCCUUCGGGGCAGACAGCGCUUCCUCGGGCGGAAGGGGGCGUCGCCUCUCCAUCAUGAGUUCUUCCACAAGGGACGGACUCCCCUUCCGCCCAACAGGUACCCCGACCACCCCGGUGCCCCUACCGCCCCCUCCUCCUCCACCGUCAGCCUCCACGGCCCACCCUGCCCCGCGCUCAGUGGGCUUUGCCGCAUCCCGCGCCGCCCUGGCCUCCACCUCCUCCUCCACCGGGACCGGAGUCAUGGUGGUGGCCACCGGCGCGGAGACCACCACGACCGCCUGCAGCACCACGGCGGCGGGCACCCCGGAGAUGAUGGGUCUGUCCGGGCUGGGCGCGUUCGGCAUGGGGCUCGACGGCGAGGACUACAGCACCUCCAACCAGAGCACCUUCAUCCAGAGACAGUUCGGGGCCAUGCUUCAACCGGGGGUCAACAAGUUCAGCCUCCGCAUGUUCGGAUCUCACAAAGCCGUGGCUCUCGAGCAGGAAAGACUCAAAUCAGCGGGAUCGUGGAUCAUACACCCUUACAGUGACUUCAGAUUUUACUGGGACCUCUUGAUGUUGGUGUUGAUGAUGGGCAACCUUAUCGUCCUGCCAGUGGGAAUAACCUUCUUUCGGGAUGAGAACACAGCCUCAUGGAUCAUCUUCAAUGUGGUCUCUGACACGCUCUUUAUGGUUGAUUUGGUUCUCAACUUCAGAACAGGCAUCGUCAAGGAAGACAGCACAGAGAUAUUACUUGACCCAAGGGCCAUCCGCCAGAAAUAUCUGAAGAGCUGGUUCCUCGUGGACUUUGUGUCAUCUAUUCCAGUGGACUACAUCUUCCUGAUGGUGGACAGUCUAGAUUCGGAGGUCUACAGGACGGCGAGGGCACUGCGCAUAGUCCGCUUCACUAAAAUCCUGAGCCUGCUUCGGCUGCUCCGCCUGUCCAGACUCAUUCGCUACAUCCACCAGUGGGAGGAGAUCUUCCACAUGACCUACGACCUUGCAAGUGCCAUGGUGAGGAUAGUGAACCUGAUUGGUAUGAUGCUGCUGCUGUGCCACUGGGAUGGCUGUCUCCAGUUUCUGGUUCCCAUGCUGCAGGACUUCCCUCCUGACUGCUGGGUUUCCAAGAACCUGAUGGUGAACGACACAUGGGGUGUACAGUACUCUUAUGCCCUUUUCAAAGCCAUGAGCCACAUGUUGUGCAUUGGGUAUGGUGCUCAGGCUCCAGAGGGCAUGACUGAUGUCUGGCUCACCAUGCUCAGUAUGAUUGUGGGUGCCACCUGCUACGCCAUGUUCAUCGGCCACGCCACCGCCCUCAUACAGUCACUGGACUCCUCACGCCGACAGUAUCAGGAGAAGUAUAAGCAAGUGGAGCAGUAUAUGUCCUUCCAUAAGCUCCCUGCUGAUAUGCGGCAAAAGAUCCAUGAGUAUUAUGAGCAUCGCUUCCAGGGGAAGAUGUUUGAUGAGGAGAACAUCCUGGGAGAACUUAGUGAGCCACUAAAGGAGGAGAUAGUCAGUUUUAACUGCCGGAGCCUGGUGGCAAACAUGCCACUGUUCGCCAAUGCCGACCCCAAUUUUGUGACCGCUGUGCUGACCAAGCUUCGCUUUGAGGUGUUUCAGCCGUUUGACUUCAUCAUCCGUGAAGGUACUGUUGGACGCAGGAUGUAUUUCAUCCAGCACGGACGGGUCAGUGUGCUGACACGGGGAAACAAGGAAACCAAGCUGAGCGAUGGGUCUUAUUUUGGAGAGAUCUGUUUGUUGACGCGUGGACGGAGGACGGCCAGCGUGCGUGCGGACACGUACUGCCGCUUGUACUCGCUCAGUGUGGACAGCUUUAACGAAGUUCUGGAGGAGCACCCCAUGAUGAGGCGUGCCUUUGAAACAGUUGCCGUGGACCGUUUAGAUCGCAUCGGUAGAAAGAACUCUAUGCUUUUGCGGAAGUCUUCCCAAGGUGGUUCUCUGGGUGGCAGCAUGGGUCGCGGUGGAGGCCGGGGUGGAGGGGGUCCAGGAGCUGGGGGGGGUCUUACAGCAGGGGCUCUGGGCUCCUGUGACAGCAUGCUGGUGCAGCAGAUUGUCAAACAUGACAGCAUGCCUGCCAUGCAGGACGCCAUCGCAGCCGCCGCUGCAGGAAGGAGCGCAGUGAUGGGAGGGAGUGGCACGGUGUCCCCCCGGCCACGUCCUGUCAUCUGGGCGCCGCUGGUCCACGCUCCCCUGCAGACUGCAGCCGCCACCAGUAAUGUAGCCAUCGCUCUCAUGCACCAGCAGCAGCAACAGCAGCAACAGCUCCAGCAGCUCCAGCAGCAGCAUGCUCUUGCAGGAACUUUUUACCUGCCCUCCCCCCUGAUCUCCCCCUCUCCCUCCUCCUCCUUUCCUCUUUCUCCUCCUCGUGCUCCUGUAUUGCAACCCCUCCGCCCCUCUGUGAGCUCUCUGAUUGGAAUGAUGACAAUGGGGGGAAUGAGUGGUUUGUCCCCAAGGGGAGGGUUUCCUGCCUCCCCCUCAACCAUGGGCCCUCCAGGAGGGGUGACAUCGCCUCCAAUUGCUAAAACACCACCCACUCCAGCCUCCACUGUCCCGGCUUCUGUCCAGCAAGGAAGGACUCUCCAUUACAGCCCUCGCUUUCAGGCUGAUCUCCCCUCAGUGACUGCUGGAGCACUAGCAACACCAACAGGGGUGGGGCCAGCUUCACCACUCUACAAGGUGGUACCCUCAAACCCAGCAGCCUCCUCCAGCGGGCCAUCAGAGGGUAAUAUCAGUCAGCAGGGUGCUAAAGAGGCUCUGUUACGUCAUAGUGGGAAUAGCUAUCAAGGUCUGCCAGCACUAGGCAGACUGACCCAGGAGGCCAGGCUGCUGUCCGCCUCGCAGCCCACUCUGCCUCAUCGUUCCUGGGUUGGUGUGCAGCCUCACCCUCCCCUCCACCGGAAGGCUUCUGGGGGGAAUUUGCUGCCGACUCCUUUCCUGGCAGGGCAAUUAGCGAGAGGAAGCAGUGCAGGUAUGCUCACCUCUAACCCUCCGGUACAGCUGGUGACAAAUAUACCAUUUACUGUUCAAGCACAAGCUACCUUUCCAGUUCAGCCCGUAGUAACGCAGGCUAUCUCUGCCAACACAGCCACACACACACAGUCUACAGCCCAGCCUGCCUCUAUGCCCACUGCUACGCACAUGCCCUCUAUGGCUUCUUUCCCAUCGUCCUCCCCUCCAAAGCAGACUCCUCUAUCCUCUGCCACUCCAUCACCAGCACUCACUCCCCUGUCACCUCCAGCUGUCCUAUCCCAGACACCUCGCCCAAAGCCAGUCCCAUCAACCCCCUCUCGCUCCUCCUCCCCUCCUCCCUGCCCCUCACCGCCUUCAGCCGGAGCAAGCCCACAGUCAACUCUCCGUCUUAAACCCAUUCCUACAUCCUCUCCUCGCUCUUCCUCUCCUUCUCCAUCCUCUACACCACCGCCCUCCUCGGUUUCUACCCCAAUUCCUCUAUCACAACCUCAUGGGCCAAAGCCAUCACUUACGUCCUCUUCUCCCCCGUCCUCUUUGCUCUCGUCUUCCCCACCACAUCCCCAGAGCCCUAGAGCAAAGGCAUCCAACACACCACCUUCAGCUUCUCCACGAUCUGGCCCCAGUCCUGCCCUGACUCCAACCCCUUCACCAAUACCAACUCCCACUCAGACGAGCCGUACUCGACCUUCUACUCCCUCCCAAACUGCUACUUCAACUAUUACGCCAGUUACUCUUACCCAGACACUUACAGCUACAGCCUCCCCAUCUCCUGUCUGUGUCACAUCUAGCACCCCCCUGAGUAAAUCCCAGAGUCCAACAACUUGUCUCCAGCCCUCUGUCUCAGUCAGAGGCCCAGCUUUAAGCCAAGUUGCGAAACAAGCCUCCCCCCUGACGCUGACCCAAACUGCUACCCCUGCCCCAGCACCUGCUAGUACCAUCUCUACAACUAAAGUGACUUUCUCAGUGCAUCCUGUGAAGCAGACCUCCCCCGUCCUCACUCAAAGCCCCAUAUCAGGCUCGAGCCAUUCCCCCAAACAAAUCCCAUCAGCAACCUCAUCCUCAUCCACCCAGCUCUCACAUGUGUGCUCCACUAACCCUCCCUCCCCCAACACCGCCACCCUAAAACAAAGCGCCACAACGACCACCACCCACUCCCAAAAACUUAACACCCCCUCUGCUCCCGUCCAGACCUCUCAAACAACCACUCCUACUGCCAACCAGACAGCACACGCAGCCACCACGGCCAAGUCCACCUCCCCUAAAGGUGGGAAAAAGGACCCUCAGCUGUCACUGACCAGAAAAGACUCAGAGGGACUGAGGCACAAACUGCCUGCCAACAUGUAA